UUAUGGUCCUAAAUUCAAAACUAUAAUCUCUCAUUUUCAACAUUCCAUCAUCAAGAUCUCUAAUCUCUGUCCUUUGCAUAAUCUUCACAAGAUCUGACAUCAAUCACUCUAAAAUUCCUCAAAAAUGGAGUCUUCUGCUCAUUUUAGGAUCUGGGUGCUGGCCCUUUUUGUGAUUUUCCAAUCUGGAUAUGGCUUUUAUCUUCCGGGUAGUUAUCCUCAUAAAUAUAAUGUAGGCGAAACUUUAUCUGUGAAAGUGAAUUCAAUCACUUCUAUUGAUACUGAGAUGCCUUUUAGCUAUUACAGUUUACCCUUUUGCCAUCCUCCUGAGGGUGUUAAGGAUAGUGCUGAAAAUCUUGGUGAAUUGCUUAUGGGAGAUAGGAUUGAGAAUUCCCCAUAUAGGUUUAGAAUGCAUGUUAAUGAGAGUGAGGUCUUUUUGUGUAGAACUGAAUCUUUAUCUGCUGACCAGUUUAAGCUUAUGAAGAAGCGAAUUGAUGAGAUGUAUCAGGUUAAUUUGAUUCUUGAUAAUUUGCCUGCGAUACGAUAUACUAAGAAGGAGUCGUAUCUAUUGAGGUGGACUGGUUAUCCUGUUGGAAUUAAGGUUCAGGAUGCGUAUUAUGUGUUCAACCAUUUGAAGUUUACAGUUCUUGUUCAUAAGUAUGAGGAGACUAAUGUUGCCCGUGUUAUGGGAACUGGAGACGGUGCUGAGGUUAUUCCUACUAUUGGGAAUACCGGAUCGGAUAUUCCUGGAUAUAUGGUUGUGGGAUUUGAAGUGGUUCCUUGUAAUUUCAUGCAUAAUACUCAGUCGGUUAAGAACACGAAAAUGUAUGAGAAAUACCCUGCUCAAAUUAAGUGUGAUCCCACUACUGUGGCUAUGCCUAUUAAGGAGAAUGAGCCGAUUGUUUUUACCUAUGAGGUUACUUUUGAAGAGAGUGAUAUCAAAUGGCCGUCUAGAUGGGAUGCUUAUUUGAAGAUGGAGGGAUCAAAGGUUCAUUGGUUCUCUAUCAUGAAUUCUCUUAUGGUUAUCACUUUUCUUGCUGGUAUUGUUCUUGUCAUCUUCUUGAGGACUGUCAGGCGGGAUCUGACUCGAUAUGAGGAGCUUGACAAGGAGGCUCAAGCCCAGAUGAAUGAAGAGUUAUCCGGGUGGAAACUUGUUGUUGGGGAUGUUUUCCGUGCCCCAAGCAACCCCUCACUUUUGUGUGUUAUGGUUGGAGAUGGAGUUCAAAUCCUUGGGAUGGCAAUUGUUACAGUUUUGUUUGCUGCACUUGGAUUUAUGUCGCCCGCUUCUCGUGGAACUCUCAUUACAGGUAUGCUUAUUUUCUACAUGAUCCUUGGUAUUGCUGCUGGGUAUGUUGCAGUUCGUCUUUGGAGGACCAUUGGAUGCGGCGAUCACAAAGGAUGGGUUUCAGUUGCCUGGAGGGCUGCUUGCUUCUUCCCUGGUAUCGCCUUUUUGAUUCUAACUGUUUUGAACUUCCUGCUGUGGGGUAGUCAUAGCACAGGUGCCAUACCAUUCUCUUUGUUUGUCAUCCUGAUUUUGCUAUGGUUCUGUAUAUCUGUCCCCCUUACCCUAAUUGGGGGUUACUUUGGGGCUAAGGCGCCCCAUAUUGAAUACCCAGUUCGAACCAACCAGAUCCCUAGGGAAAUCCCAGCCCAAAAAUACCCAUCAUGGCUUCUUGUUCUUGGUGCUGGAACACUUCCUUUCGGUACACUUUUCAUUGAGCUCUUCUUUAUCAUGUCUAGUAUCUGGAUGGGCCGCGUUUACUAUGUGUUCGGGUUUCUGUUGAUUGUUUUUAUCCUUCUCGUGGUGGUAUGUGCUGAAGUAUCUCUUGUUUUAACCUACAUGCAUCUCUGUGUGGAGGACUGGAAAUGGUGGUGGAAAUCUUUCUUUGCUUCUGGUUCAGUGGCCAUUUACAUUUUCCUGUACUCCAUUAACUAUCUUGUGUUUGAUCUCAAGAGUUUAAGUGGACCUGUUUCUGCAACUCUGUACUUGGGGUAUUCUCUUCUGAUGGUUCUAGCCAUAAUGUUUGCGACUGGAACAGUCGGGUUCCUUUCAUCAUUCUGGUUUGUUCACUACUUGUUCUCUUCAGUGAAGCUGGAUUGAAGAACAGCAUCUUCACUCAGGAGCCGGAAUGAACACGGAAACUUUAUGAGAGUCUUAUCUUGUUUACUUCAAUCUUGAUUUUAGGUUUUGUAGGGAGUUGACUAAAAUGUAAUAACACAAAUUUUCAGGCAGUUUUUGCAGUAUUCUUUUAUUAGAUGAUAAGUGGGUUUUGUAGUACUAUAGUAAAAGUUGAUUUUCAUUAUAGCAUAAUACUUGGGUGAAA